AUGAACUAAAAAAAUUGGCAAAAAUUGCCCCUGAUACUAGAAGAGAUCUCUUAUAAAAGAUUCACAAUUUUAGAUAAUAUAGAUAUUUCUUAUUAGCUCAAAUAAAUUUAUGGUGAUGGAAUUAAAGUAAAUACAUUUAGUAAUAAGCAAGAAGCUCCUAUUAUUUUAGGUUCUGAUGAAGAUGGAGAUAACUUUGAUGAAAAUGAUGAUAAUGACAAUGAUGAAGAUGCAGCUGAAGAGAAUGAAGAUGAAGAUACUAAUCGAAACAUUUCAAAAUAAAAUUCUAAAUAGAAUAAAAAAUAAAAUAACAAACACAUAGAAAGAAAUGAAACAAAUUUGGGUAUGAUUAAAGUCUAGAUUGAAGAAGUCAUGAAAAUUUGA